AUGAGCGGAACUGUUUUUGUCCCUUUACAGAUCCUCCUUGUAUCGAUAGACAUCUUGCUGUCAAUUGUAACCUUCAAAUGGGUAGGAGUGAUAAAGAAGCUUCUUGCUAGCGAUCCGGUUCGAUCUGUCCCCUUGAAAGACGACCCUUCCCAUCGCGUGCACGCAGACUUUAAGGAAGCUCGUGUUUCUGUUCCAUCCAAUGGAGCUCGCACCAUGUACGAAAUUGCUAACAAUGGAUUCGUGAAACACUCUGACAAAAUCUGCAUGAGACAGCGCGAAUUCGUCGGUUGGAAAAGUCCAAAAGUCAAGGAAUUCUCCAGCAAGGUCCAUGAAUGGACAUUCGCAGAUGUUCAGAAGAAGGCUUAUAGCUUUGGAGCAGCUUUGAGAGCGAACGGAUGCGUGCCAUCUGACCCAAGCACGAACCUUGACAAGAUCGAGAAACCUUGUCGUAUGGCUAUUUUCGAAAACACUUGCCCCGAGUGGAUGGUAUCUUGCGUCGGCGCGUUUUCUCAGAGCAUUGGUGUUGUCACUGUGUAUGCUACAUUGGGCAUUGAUAGUGUCAUCGAAGCCGUGGUUGACAACCUUGUUCCUGUCAUAGUCUGCAACAAGACAAACGUGAAGUUUUUGGCCGAAAAUGCCAGUCGAAUGCCCUCAUUGAAGGCAAUCGUAUACACGAACGACUUGAUCGCAAAGGACGACAAGACGGAUAUUCCAGAGGCACCAAGCGGGCUGAAGAUCUUCAGUUUUGAUGACUUUGUGAAGAACGGAGAUGUAGUUCAGUACCCUGUGUCUCCUCCGAGUACGGACACGACCGCCGUCGUAAUGUACACCAGUGGAUCCACCGGAAAGCCAAAGGGCGUCGUCAUCACUCAUGCUACCGCCACUGGAGGCGUUGCCGCCUUUGAUGUUGCGAUUGGUCCAACUUCUUCUCAUCGCUACCUAGGGUAUCUUCCCCUAGCACAUAUAAUGGAACUCAUGGUGCAAUUUCUAUGCUUUGGAAAUGGAACUUCGAUUAACUAUGCCGACCCUAAGAGUCUUACCCAAACUGGAGCUUAUCCUAUCGGAGCGCUUGAACAAUAUAGCCCAACACAUAUGGUUGCCGUUCCUAAGGUUUGGGACACCAUCAAGAAGGGGCUUCUCGCCAAAGUUGGACAAACCAGCCCUGUAGCUCAAGUGUUGGUCCAUACAGCUAUCCAAUGGCGUACUUUUGCCGUCAAGCUGGGACUAGACACACCACUGUUCAAUGCUCUUGUUUUCAAGAAGUUCAAGAAGGCCGUUGGUGGACACCUCGAAAUGGCACUUUCUGGCGGAGGUCCGCUCAGCGGAGAAGUUCAAGAAUUUAUUCGCGUUGCAUUCGAUGUCCCGUUGAUCCAGGGAUAUGGUCUGACGGAAACCUGUGCUGGACUGGCCAUUGCCGAUGAAGGCGACGGGCGACCAGGAGUUGCAGGUGUGCCCAUUGCAUCGGUUGAAGUCAAGCUUCAGUCCAUUCCAGACGUCUGUGACAAGGGUGGACUACCAUACAUGUCUACUGAUCGCAAGGACGUUGAGGGAAACCCUGUCUGGGGACGCGGGGAGAUUCUUGUCAAGGGAUCGAAUGUCACAUCUGGGUACUAUAUGAUGCCAGACAAGACAAAAGAAGUUUACUCUGAUGAUGGCUGGUUCGCAACAGGUGAUAUUGGACAAUUUCUUAGCGACGGGAGUAUUCGAAUUGUUGAUCGCAAGAAGAACUUGGUGAAGCUCAAAUCUGGAGAAUAUGUUGCUCUCGAAAAAAUGGAAAUGGUAUACGGAAACUCAUCAUUCGUUGAUGCAGUUGCAGGAGGUAUUUGUUGCUAUGCUGAUGGGGAUAUGGACCGUCCAGUUGCCCUGUUUCAACUUUCGAAACCUAUUACGAUGAAGUGGGCAAAAGAAAUCGGCAUUCCUGGCGAUUUUGAAACUGUGAAGAAAUCAAAGGACUUGUACAAUGCGAUAAUGGCGUCUUUCAUUGAAGAACAUGCGAAGAGUGAUUUGAGUCAUAUCGAGAAGCUCAAGGCUGCCACCAUACUAACGGAUCCGUGGACUUCAGAGAAUGGCUGCUUGACCGCUGCCAGUAAACUUCAGCGUCGCGUAGUCGUCGAUUCCUACCCCAAGGAAUUUGAAGCCGUCAAGAAGAAGGGGAUCUUUUAG